AAUAAAAUAUAAAUCAAUAUUUCACAUGCUUAUACAUGAGAGGAAAAGGUAAAAGAACAAGUUAAUAAUUUAUAAUUAAUUGUAAAUUGAUAUUUCUCACAUACAAUUAGUAAGGACUCAGGAGUCGAGAAAUAACAAAUAUUGUAUUCUUUAUCUCCAAUAACCAAUUUUAACAUAAAAAUCACGUACAGUUGUUUUAAAUAUGAACACAUUCAUGUAUUUACAAUAAAAUAAAAUAAAAUUGUUUCGAUCAUUGUAAUCGAUUGCCAAUUAUAUAGGUAAUAGUUCUACUUAUGCCCUAAUGUUAUUAUAUCUACCACACACCCACCUGUAAAAGUAGAGUUACAUUGAAGCCCGAAGUUUAUGAAUAGUUGAGCAAUCAAUAAUUAUAUUCAUAAUUUGAAGUUUAAUCAAUUGCUGGACAUAAUGGAACUAGUGAAGAUUGCUAAAACAAAUUUACGCAAAAACUUAAAAAAAAAACUGUCACAUAUGACUGCUAGUGAAAUUGCUGAACAAUCAAAAAUAAUAACUAACAAAAUAUUAUCUCACCCAGUAUACAUAAGAAGCAACAGAGUGUCAAUAUACCUCAGUAUGAAUUCUGAAGUGCAAACAAAUAAUAUUGUCGAAAACAUUUUUGACUCAAAAAAAACAUGUUUUAUUCCAAAAUACAACAAAUAUGAAAUGCUUAUGGUGAAUAUAAAAUCAAUGGAUGAACUUAAUAGUUUGCCAAAAACUAAAUGGAAUAUAUCACAACCGGCCGAUGAUGAUGUGCAUGAGGAUGCAUUAACAACAGGUGGUUUAGAUUUGAUAAUAGUGCCAGGCUUGGGUUUCACCAUGGAUGGAAAACGAUUAGGACGAGGAAAAGGUUAUUAUGAUCGAUGCAUAACUGAAUAUAAAAAAAAAUAUCCAUUUAAUAAUUUGAAAACUAUUGGGUUGGCAUUUAGUGAACAAAUAUGUGAUGACAUACCCACAAGUCAACAAGACAGUUUGAUAGAUUUUGUAAUUUGUCCUUAA